AUGUCACCAGAUCUUCGACGCCCGCCAUUUCAUACCGACCUUUCUGAAGUACACAGUCAAUUCCCCCAGAACGAAGAGAUCAGUUCAGCAGAAGAUCUCGCCAUUCGUCGCAAAGUUCUCGAUUUUUCAUUAGAAGACACCAUCCGCGGGAAGGAAGAUUCUAUCUUGCACGAAGAGCGAGAGAUUCCCGGACCGAUAGGGCCCAUGAAAGCAUCAGUCUUCCGUCCAAAGGUCGAGCAAAAGUCUGGACAACAAAAACCAGGAAUACUCCACAUCCAUGGCGGUGGGCACUGCAGUGGAAACCGCUUCAUGGGACUCUCAAGUGUGCUAGACUGGGUCGAAGAGUUCGGUGCCGUCCUCGUCUCUGCGGAAUACCGCCUCGCCCCGGAGCAUCCUCAACCAGCACAGUUGGACGAUAGCUACGCAGCACUAGUGUGGAUGAGCGAAAACGCACAAGGCCUAGGUAUAUGCCAGGAUCAAAUCAUAGUCUGCGGUGGCUCGGCUGGAGGAAAUCUAGCUGCUGGCGUGGUUCUGUUAGCGCGCGAUCGCUCAGGACCAAAGAUACUCGGCCAGUUGUUGAUGUACCCGUGGCUUGAUGACAGCAAUACAACUGGUUCGAUGCAGCAAUUCGGGGAUACUGCUCCAUGGACUAAGUCAAAUAGCAUCGAUGCUUGCAACUAUGCCCUGGGAACGAAUCGCGAGCAUGCUACUAUAUACACUGUUCCCUCGCACGCAAAGGAGCUUGGUGGCUUACCACCAACAUUUAUCGAUGUCGGCGAGGCUGACUUGUUUCGAGAUGAGGACGUCGACUAUGCAUCGGCACUGUGGAAGGCCGGUGUAUCCACCGAGUUGCAUGUGUGGCCGGGUUGCUGGCAUGCGUUUGAUAUAUUUGUGCCGGACGCCCCAAUUAGUCGUCGGGCGAGAUUGGCGAGAAGCGCCUGGCUGUGCAGUUUGAUCUAUGGGCAAUGA